AUGGCUUCCUCCAUGCCUUGCCUUGUCCUACUCUUGGGCAUGGCAUGCCUUCUGCAGGCAUCACUAACAGCGGCCAAGACGCCGCCGUGGGAGCUGCCAGAGUCCGAGAUGAGGGCCAAGUGGUCCAGGUGGAUGACCAAGUACUCGAAGCGCUACUCUGGUCCCGAGGAGAAGGAGAAGCGGUACCAGAUCUUCAAGCAGAACACCAACUCCAUCGGCGCUUUCGCCAGCCAGACCACGGUCAAUGCCGUUGUCGGCGGGUUCGGGCCCCAGACCAUCACCACGGUCACCGUCGGCAUGAACAGGUUCGGCGACCUCAACCCCAGCGAGGUCGUCGAGCAGUUCACUGGGUCCAACAACACUGGCUUCAUCCCAGAAGCUCCCACCUACCUCCCCUAUGAGGACUCCCGGAAGUCGUGCUGCGUCGACUGGCGCUCCCAUGGCGCCGUCACCGGUGUCAAGUUUCAGGGCUCUUGCUUGUCAUGCUGGGCAUUCGCGGCGGUGGCGGCCAUCGAGGGCAUGAACAAGAUCAGGACCGGCGAGCUGGUGUCGCUGUCGGAGCAGCAGCUUGUGGACUGCGACACCAGCAGCAGCGGCUGCAGCGGCGGCCGCUCCGACACCGCGCUGGGCCUCGUGGCCUCUCAUGGCGGCAUCACGUCGGAGGAGAGGUACCCGUACAGCGGCUAUUCCGGCAGCUGUGAGGUGGACAAGCUGCUGUUUGACCACCAGGCAUCUGUCAAGGGGUUCAAGUCCGUGCCACCCAACGACGAGCGGCAGCUGGCGCUGGCCGUGGCGCAACAGCCCGUGACGGUGUACAUCGACGCCAGCGCGUGGGACUUCCAGUUCUACUCGGGCGGCAUCUACAAAGGCCCCUGCUCUGCCGAGGCCGGGAGGGUGAACCACGCCGUCACCAUCGUCGGCUACUGCGAGCAGUUCGGUGAGAAGUUUUGGAUAGCCAAGAACUCGUGGAGCAACGACUGGGGCGAACAGGGAUACAUCUACCUCGCCAAGGACGUCUACUGGCCCAUGGGCACCUGCGGCCUCGCCACCUCGCCCUUCUACCCAACAGCUUGAGCUUGAGCAACACCCACUGCCAUGCCUAGGCACGUAGGGCUUUUGCGCGCAAUAUUUGCUUAUUUUGACUGCAUCGUUAGGGCGGACAGAUGGUUAAGAGUGGUCGAUGGAUGUGUGUAGUAUUGUUUCCUUAUCGUUGUGAUAUUGCAAAAAUUAAUGUACUCAAUAAUAAUGAUGGCUUGAGUGUACUCGGUAAAAUAUAAACUUGCAUC